AUGGAAGGUCUGUCACUACUAAACGUCACUUAUGAUGAGGAAGAUUAUUACACGCAUGAAGAUUCAAACUACCCUGAGAAAAUCAGUACGAUAUUGGUGGAUGUCAUUGUGUACUCGAUUACUGCUAUUGGUGCCAUCUUUAACUUAGGAUCCUUUAUUACAAUACUGGUAACAAAGAAAAUGACAAGUUCACCGAAAUAUAUCAUCAUAAUGAAUAUGAACAUUGUAUUUCUGGUGAUGGGUUUGUUUGUUAUAACUGGUGAACACAGAACAGCCGAGAAUGGUAACUGCAGUCUGUAUUAUCAUGCAGUCCUUUUUGAGUACCUAGCUGUAGGUUCCAUCUUGUCUUUGAGUGUGCUUUUGAAUAUUGAUUAUAUCAUGAGAAUUGUCAAAAACAAAUUUUACGAAACCAACAAGAAGUAUGUUCUGUUUGCUGUUUUACUGUUGUUGGUAUACGUUAUUAAUGCUUUACUUAUUGUUCCUUAUUACAUUGAAAAGUAUUCGAUUCAAGAACGUGAAGUUGGGUAUGCCCGCACAAAGAAAUUUUGUGCAGUGGUAUUUCCAAGUGUGCACGAUUUGAUGAUUUUGACGUUACUUUGCUCAGUUCCUCAAUCUAUUUUUGUCAUCAUCACAUUAAUCUUGUCAAUCAUCGUAUUUUCGGGAUACAAGAAAUCCCAGAUUAACACCCCUACCCCCACUGAGUUCAUUGUCAUUGAUAUUAUAUUACUGCUUUUCUGUAUCAUUCCACCUGUAGCUUCUCUGUUGAACAACAGUUCGUCACUGUAUGUAUUCCUGAUUGUAUGGGUUCUACCUUUUUUCAUGACAAUUAUUGUACCAUUGCUUUGGCUCAUUGAUAAUGAAUAUCGCCAGGCCGUCAAGGAUUUAUUGUGUUGUCGAUGUCGUAAAAAUAAAGAUGCCGAUUCUUAUGAAAUGAUGUAA